UUUCUUCCUCAUUUAAAACAUAGACACUUGUCACCUGUACCUUUCCUCCUCAUUGAAGAUCGAUCUUAAAGCUCUUUCUCUCUUCUCAAAUGGCUGCUGAUAAUCCUGUAGAAGUUUCAAUUGAUGUUUUUCCUUAUCUUCGAGUUCUCAAAGAUGGAACCGUCCAGAGACUUGGGGGAACCGAAGUGGCUCCUGCAGGCUUGGAUCCUGAAACCAACGUUUUGUCAAAAGACAUCGUCAUCAUACCAGAAACCGGUGUCUCAACCAGGCUUUACCGUCCCAACUCCGCAAAACCUGAAAAAAAGCUUCCCCUUGUAGUAUAUUUUCAUGGCGGAGCUUUUAUCAUUUCUUCAAUUGCCGAUCCCAAGUACCACGCAAGUCUCAACAAUCUAGUUGCGGAGGCUGGUAUCGUUCUUGUCUCUGUCAACUAUAGAUUAGCCCCAGAACAUCCUCUUCCUGCUGCAUAUGAGGACUCAUGGGCUGCACUUGACUGGGUGGCUUUACAUGGUAAACAUGAAGCUUGGCUCAAGGAAUAUGCUGACUUUGGGCGUGUGGUUUUAGUAGGGGAUAGUGCUGGUUCUAGUAUUUCACACCACUUGGCCUUGAGGCUCAAGAAAUCAGACGUGGGUCGAGAUUUGAAGGUACUUGGUAUUGGCAUGAUCAAUCCUUAUUUCUGGGGAUCGGAUCCGAUCGGAGUUGAGGUAACGGAUCAGUUCAGGAAAAAAAUUGUAGACAAUUGGUGGAUGUUCGUUUGUCCAUCAGAUAAAGGGUGUGAUGAUCCGUUCAUUAACCCGUUUGCGGAUGGAGCACCGAGUCUUGCGGGCUUGGCUUGUGAUAAGGUACUUGUUAUUGUUGCAGAGAAAGACAUACUCAAGGAUAGAGGGAGACUUUAUUAUGAAAGAUUGGUGAACAGUGAAAGGCCAGGAAAAGCGGAGAUUAUGGAAAUAGAGGGGGAGGAUCAUGUUUUUCAUAUUUUUGACCCCACCUCCCAGAAGGCUAAAAGCUUGAUUAAACGUCUGGCUUCUUUCAUCAAUGAAGCGAAUGCUGCUGUUGUGUGAAGGCGCCGUGAAAGUUUGGUUUUAAGGUUCCGUUUGCUUUUAGUGCAUGGCAAUUGAUGUGGAAAAUAAGCGGAUUUGUAAGCUACCUUUCACAGGUAGAUCAUUUCUGUAAUAGUUUCUAAUGUUUCCUCCCGAAUGAUGUACUUUGUCAGAAGAUUAAUUAAAUGGGUUCUGUUUUAUA